UAUCGCCUGGAUGGGUUCGUGGGAUGCAUGUGCGUGGUCCUGCGGUGCGAUCUGCGGAGCAGGAGCAGAGCCAGGCGCUCGGAGCCGGACGAGGAGCCUCCCCGGGGUGGUAGUGCCUUGGCAGCGACUGGCUCGCCCGCCUCUCUCCCCGCAGCGGGGGCUCUGCGGGGGCACUGGCGGCGCUGCCCGACCCGGGCUGCCUUUCCCAGGGUUUCUUUCGGAAAAGAGCCGUUUUCGGGUUAGCAAACCGCCGCCAUGUCUUUGAACUUGAAUGGUUUGGAACUGGCGGACGCCUCUGCCAAUGCUGCAGGGAUGCUGGGGCUUGUGCAUCGAAAGGGAGGCGCAGGGCACCGGCUUGAGCCGCCUGAAGGGGCUCAAGGGGGCAGAAAAUGCAGCUGCCCAGGUGCCCAGGACCGCGGUGCGGCCGGAGCCCGGGGGCGACCCCGAGGGGCAGCGCGGAAGGAGGGUUUGCCCCGCUCUUCUGUAGGCGCAGGGGUAAGUGACACAGGAGCCAUUUUAGCUGCGCAGCAGCCUUUUUAGAAGCUGCAGCACAAAUCGGCCGGGCUGGGCAGCCCCAGGAGGAUGGGGACGGGGACGGGGACGGGGACUGGGAACGGGGCCCGGGCCCGGACGGACUGCCUGCGGUGCAGGGACCAGGCGGCUAGCUGCGGUGCUGGCGGGGAACAGACGAGGCCUGGAGCAGCAGGCUUGUGUGCGGGGCUCGGGGCCGGCGGCCUGGCUGCGGGAGGAUGCGGAGCUCGGGCUGAGUCUUACAUGGUCUGGGCAGAUCCAGAGACUUGGCGGGAUGAGGGGGUGGUUGUGGUGGGGGGCAUGGAGGAUCUGCCUUCCCUGCCUCGACCUUCCUCCUGCCGCAGCUGGGCGCAGCCCGCAGGCGGGGCGCGUCAGUGCGGGUGCCGCAGUGCGGAGGCUGCGCGCAGCCGGGCCUGGGCGCUCCCCCGCGCGGUGCUGUGGCCCCCUGCCCCUUUGCAGUGCCCCCCGCCCUCGUGCGGGGUCCCCGGAGCCCGCUGCCCGCGGGUCAGCCGCCCUUCGAGGGCUCGGCCAGGGCGCCGGGCGGCCCCGGGGCAGGGCCGAGGCGCGGCGGGGGCUGCGCAGGGCGGCGGCACGGGCUGGCAGAGGCUGUGGCAGGGACUGGCGGGCCCGCAGCGCGGCGCACCCCCGGGUUGCUGUCGCCUGCGAGCUAUGGGCCCGAGCCCGAGCUCUUCCCUAGCAGAUGCCGUCUGGGAAGGGCCGGAGCUGGGCUCUGGGUGCGCUGCCCCCGCCUCGCCUUGGCGGCUGCGGACAGAGGUCACUUUGCUCGGCGCGUCUCCCCCACCGACGUGCGCCCCCGCGAGCCCGAUCGGUGCCCGUGCCCCCGCCCCCGCUCGGGGCUGGCACUGGGGGCAGGCGGUGCCGUGCGUGCCCUGUGCAGCCCGCGGGGCCCCGGGCGCGGAGCAGGCAGAGUUUAUGUAAAUAGGGCAGUCGCUUCCUUGGACUAGCUCCCAGCCCUAAUGAUCUGCGCGGGCAGCAACAAGCGGUGCCCGCUCCCUCUCAUCGGGGUUAUCACAUGACAGCGCGGCGGGCUCCGGUCGGGAGCGCCCAGUCCGCUGCGCCCGGCUCCCCUUGCCCCCCGGGGGGGCUCUGCUGGGCUCCCGCCGGCCCGGCCCGGCGCGGUGCGGCGCGGCGCUGGGAGAGGGGUUGCGGACCCGGGGGGCGCGGGCGGGCGGAGGGGACGCCGCGGGCUGGCGGGCAGGGGGCUGCCUCCCAGGUGACGGGCUCCUGUGUCGCCCUCCCGGGCUGGAAUGGGGGGAAGCCCCCCGGGAAGUCGGUGCGAGCGCUUGGCUCAUCUCUCGGUGCCGGGAGGCUCUUUGGAGAGCUCUUGGGAGGCUUUCCGAAGGGCUGAUAUAGAUAUAAGGACAUUUCUACAUUGCGUCACGUGACAUAAUUACCACUAGAAUCAAUCAAGAUGAAUUGCACGUCAGCACACGGUGGGGAUUUUUUCUUAGUUGAUCCUGUCCAAAGCCUCUUGUGCAAUAGAUGGAUCUUGUUCAAUGCACUGAAGUCUCCCGGUCGCCUGCCACCGCCAACGGGGAGACAUGACCGAGUUUGAGGACUGCAGCCACAGUGCAGCCAACAUGUAUCUGCCGGGGUGUGCUUAUUACGUCUCCCCUUCGGAUUUCUCCACGAAGCCCUCGUUUUUGUCGCAGUCGUCUUCCUGUCAAAUGACUUUCCCUUAUUCUUCUAAUUUACCUCAUGUGCAACCUGUGCGGGAAAUGGCAUUCAGGGAAUACGGAUUAGAGCGCAGCAAAUGGCAGUACAGGGGCAGUUAUGCUCCCUAUUACUCCGCCGAGGAGGUGAUGCACAGAGACUUUCUGCAGCCCGCGAACAGGAGGACGGAAAUGUUAUUCAAAACGGACCCUGUGUGCAAUCACCACGGACCCUCUGGCGCUGCCUCCAACUUCUACAGCUCGGUGGGGAGGAACGGGAUCCUUCCGCAAGGCUUUGACCAGUUUUACGAGCCGGCCCCUGGCCCUCCGUACCAGCCUCAGUCCGAGCCCGAGGGGGACGGCGACAAGAGCGACCUGAAGGCUCAGAGCAGCACUUGCAGUAAAACACCUUCCAGCCAGGAGAAGAAAGUGACACCAGCAAACAGCGCCGAUUCCCCUUCUGGCGAGGCUGUUGCAGAGAAGAGCAACAGUUCAGUUCCUCAGCGAUCAAGGAAAAAGAGAUGCCCCUAUACCAAAUACCAGAUAAGAGAACUGGAACGUGAGUUUUUCUUCAACGUGUACAUAAACAAAGAGAAGAGACUGCAGCUGUCCAGAAUGCUGAACCUCACUGACCGGCAAGUUAAAAUCUGGUUCCAGAAUCGAAGGAUGAAAGAAAAGAAACUGAACAGAGAUCGACUCCAAUAUUUCACUGGGAAUCCCUUGUUUUAAAAGAAAUCAGAAAGGGGGAAAAAAGAGAGAAAAAUAACAAGAAAAGAAAACCUCUGCCUCUCUAGCCAAGCUGCCAUCUGAACGCAAAAGUAAAUGGGUUUCCAUGACACAUCCACCCUGCGGAACUCAAAGUUUCCUUUUCAUGUUCAACUCUGGUUCCUUCCAACAAUCAUGUCCACUGGAGAUUUCGGGGGCUUGGCGGAGCACAAUCCUGCUAAGGGGAACCUAGGGUAAAUCCAAAAAGUCCAUUCUAAAAUGUUGAUCGCCAAAGGUGUUUUUUUUUCCUCCCUCUCUCUCCCCCCCACCCCCCUUUUUUUUUUCUCUCUGUCUCUCUCUCUUUCUCAUAGUGAGUGACACCAAUGGACCUGCAGUGUGUCUGGUAGUUUUUGCUUUAAAAAACAAGUGAGUUUGGGGAUAUUUUCUGUUGUUGGUUUCAGCUAGGAUAACCCUUUUCUCCCUUUAAAUGAAUGCAGUUUAUUUAAAAGACGGUAAAUGUACAUUCGAUAUAAAUCUAUAUAAAUAUAUAUAUAUAUAUAUGUUUCUAUUGUCAUAUAAACGCAUGAGCCACUGUCUUUUUCAUGUGAAUAAAGGGUUUCUAGUAAAGUUCA